AUGAGAGCUACAUACUCACCCCCGGCCAUUCGGCACUGGGUCCAGGAUCAAGAGACUCAACUGUCGAGUCGUGAGAUUGAUUGUCGGCGCUACUCAUGCUGUCGUGGCAUUUGCAACGAUGGCACCAACAAUAUACCAACACAACUUCUUCACAAUCACUUCUGUUUGAAUCAAGGCGACAGAGAACUGGCUUUUCACGAAGGAAUGGGUGAUAUUAAGGACGCUGUUAUAGGUCUAGGACGACUCGCAGAUGGAUUGUUCGUUGGAUUCGGUGUUUGGCCUGAGUGGAAUACAUCUGUGCCCCUCUACCCCUCGGACAUAGUUGUCAAUGUCAUACAUACACAUCAACUUCAUCAAUUCCCACAGUUCGAACACACUGUUGAGCGCAUGCGGAGUAUCUUUGCAGAAGAAAUUGCGCUAACACAUAUCUUAUCCUUUGGCCACAAAUUGGAUUUAGUCAGACUGGGUCCUGGCUAUGUCGUGGACCCUUUAACGCGCUCCCUCAUGGUUGGGAACAUAUCUCUUGUACCAGGUCAACCCUAUUCAGUUGAGGUGCCUCCAUCCCCACGCACAUCCGCACAUACUUUACCUCUAGGCCGUUCCGCUCAGCUGCAAGCGCAGCGGCAGCAGCAACAGUCCACUCAACGGGCUUCCUUUGCGUCCAUUCAGUUUGCACCACCUCAAACUGUUUACGUAUCAGACUCAGAUUCUGAUUCGGAGACUCAGCAACGGCUGCCGCCACCGCAGCAGCAUUCUGUUCAAAGGGCUGCCUCUGUGUCCAUUCAGUUUGCACCACAUCGAACUAUUUACAUUUCGGACUCAGAUUCUGAUUCGGAGACUUUAGAAUCCUCAAGUGCCUCUUGGAUUAUUACACCACCUGGCUCACCCCAGCAUACCUCUUGGAUUGCCAUACCACCUGGCUCGCCCCACACCGAUCGGCCCCUGGAUUACUAUAAUGAACCUUCGGUAACGAUGUUCAAUUUUUCCUCUGCAACUCAGGAAUACCUGCGGGGAUUGAAUGCUUCUGCCCGCAUGUUAUGUCAGAUCAAUGCUACCCUGAAUCGAAGUAUUUCAGAGUGGAUCCACUGUUUCAAAGAGUCCGGUCUGACUCAUGCUCAAGCUCAUCAACUCCGUGCAAUAAUUCUUCAUGGUCUUUCAGAUGACGACAUUUCAACUGUACUAGCUAGCGUAGGUCUCUGA